AAGCGGCGGCUCCGGUUGAAUUGCGGGUUCAAAAUCUAAACUGUAUCGGUUAAAUUUCGGAGAGUGAGUUUGAUCGAAUCCUUCCUUUACGGAUCAAUACAACCGAAUAUUGUCAUACCUGACUUCAUUAAACAAUCUACAAUGGCUCAUAAACAGAUCUACUACUCGGAUAAAUACACGGACGAUCUUUAUGAAUACCGACAUGUGGUGUUACCGCGAGAACUGGCCAAACAGGUGCCCAAAUCCCACCUGAUGACCGAGGACGAGUGGAGGAGGCUGGGCGUGCAGCAGUCGCUCGGAUGGGUCCAUUAUAUGAUCCAUGAACCAGAACCUCAUAUCCUGCUGUUUAGGAGACCGCUACCGAAACAAUAACAGUCAGAGAUUCUCGUCUCUUCUGGAACAUUCCUGCGGUUUUCGGUGAAUGCUAGAGAACUUAACCACGUUUCUGGACUCCUGUGACCAUGCUGCGGCAUUUCACUGCGAUUAUGGCCCGAACAGAAUCAAGUGAUUGUGGGAAAAAAAUGUAUUUUCAGUGAAAAUCUAAGGGCUCUUAACAAAACCAUGCGACUCAAGUGCCUCUCUGAGUGAAGCUGAACCUUUAAUAAAAGUCUGUGCUGCAUCAUCAGUGUUCAGAAACCUAAAUCAGUGUUUAAGUGGCUGAGCUAAAUUCAUUUUGGGGAUAGAAGAUGUAUUGUAUGCUAAAGGGAGAUCACUAGUUGACGUAUUGGCCAUUCUCAGGUUGAAAUUUUUCACUUGCAUUAAUUCUUCAGGGAAGGCGAUUGUAAUACUGUACAGAUGCUUCACAAAGUUUAAAAUGUGCUUAUAUCACAAAUAAAACUUUAAUAAGGUAGUUGUAGAAGAAGAGCCAUGUUGACAGCACUAUCAGCAACUGUGCUACUUAAGAACAGUUUAUAUGGAGAGAAAAAAAGGUUUUGACACUUUAUCAUAAAUUGCUUUUGAAGAAGAAUAAAAAAUGAUGACUGUGUACACUUGUUUGAUCCUUGCUGCUCUUUAUAAUAAAAAAUAUUAAAAUGCCA